UCUCAGGGAUUUUACAUAAUCAUAUAAAAGUGUUAGCAUCGCUGGCGUUGGCUAUCAGUCUAUCAAUCGAAUGCCGGUCUAAUACACGUACCAUGAAGGUCUUCAUUCUGUGCAUCGUUCUUUGUGUGUCCUACUCCGAGGCUUUCUUGAACAAAGGAGGCGGCGGUGGUGGUGGUGAUCUAUUCGGAGGAUCAGGAGGUGGCGGCGGAGGUGGUCUUGGUAGUUUAUUUGGAGGAGCAGGAGGAAGUGGCGGCGGUUUGAGUAGUUUGUUCAGUAAAUUUAGUAAAGGAGGAAGCGGAGGAAGUGGAGGUGGUUUCGGUGGAUUUGGAGGCUCUGGAGGCGGUGGCAGCAGUUAUGGAGGUGGUAAUGGCGGCGGAAGUGGAAAAGUUACAAUUAUCAAAAUAAUUGAUAAUGGUCGACCAUCUGGACAUCAUGGAGGUGGAGGUUAUUCAUCCGGCGGUGGAUAUUCAUCUGGUGGUGGAUAUUCCUCGGGAGGCGGAUGGUCUAGUAAUAACAAUCAAGGAUGGUCAGGAAACAGUAAUCAAGGAUGGUCAGGAAACAGUAAUCAAGGAGGCUGGUCGGGCAAUAACAAUCAGGGAUGGUCAGGCGGACAAGGAAGCUCCAGUCAAUGGAGUAGUGGCGGUCCUGUAAGUGGAUCAUACAGUAGUUCGAGUGGCUAUCACUAUUAAUUAAUGCACAAAACCAAAAGUAAAUUUUCUUUUGUUGUUCAAUUAAUUUAAAAAUUUGUUUUAUUCAACAAUUGAUUGUCCUCAUUCAGAAAAUGGUACCUAUAUUUGUUAUUGUAGCAUGUCUGUUUAUAGAUACAAACAGUAACACAGCAUUAUUCUUUUUCGCUACAAAUUAGCUAGAGAAAAAGUUUGUUAAUUAGGAUAACAUUUUCAAACAGAUGCAAAAGAAACUUUAAAACACAAUCUCCCCAACGAAAGUAAUAAGAAAAUAAAAUCUUCAAAAGAACAAGUUACAAUU